AUACACUGUAUAUAAUGUAGAGGCGGGAUAGUGUAAUUGUUCGCAUUACCUCAAUGUUACAUUUCCUAUGUACUUCUAUUUGUGGCAAUAUGUGUUUCAUUUUGGUUUAAUACACCAAUUAUGGGCGUUUAACGUUAAGCGGGUGUGUAACACCCCUGGUGUUAUAGGUACACCUCCGUUCCAUGGGACUAAAGCAAUUCCUCGUGGCAAUCCAUUGUUUGCCCACAAUAACGAUCUAGGAAGGUGCCAAAAGGGUGCUUCUGCGAUAUUGGUUUGCGGUGGUGUUGGCCAACGUAUCAAUGAUGUCUUUGACAAUUUGGACUCCAGUAAUGCUAACGUUACUAUAUUAGACAACUGCCCACGGGCUAAACAGUUCAUCCUGGUUCACGGAGUUCCCAUUUUUAUCUAUUCAUUUGCUGAGUUUGUAAGAUCAUCGUUAGUCAGUGAGGUCACUAUAGCUACAAAGCCUGAAUGGCAUUUGAAGGUGCUGGAGCUCGUUGAUUGUUACACUCAGAAGGUUCCUUCUAAUGAAGCCUUUAAUCCCGAGGACAUAUCAAAUCGCAUUGAGAAUCCGUUGCACAAGGACUACAUAAUUCACGUUAAUGGCCGUAGCGAUUCUGGUUACAUGAUUCCUAGGGAGGCUAGUAUUUACCCUGCUGACAGUGCUAGGAUUGAGGAGUAUCGUUUACAUUUAUCGCGGUAUUCAUUUGUACUAUUCGAUCUGGAUUCUCAACGUUGUGUUUUGUCUACAUCAUCGCUAUGGCCCGAGGCACUAUCUAUAGCUUGCAGUGGUUCCCCGGGUAGAUAUAAGCUUGUAAAGUUCUGUUUAAGUGGUGACACUCGUGGUUCAACUGUGUACAACUCUCUUACUGGUCAGAACGUAUUGGGUGCAGAAUUCCCAGUGGUUACUAGUUCUGACGGCAUCGUAUUGGUCCACGAUGCGGCGAGACCAAUGUUACGUCGUGUUGAUAUGGGCCACCUCAUAGCGUCUGCUCGUAGGUAUGGUGGUGCCAUACCGGCUAUAGGUGUUGUUGAUACUAUAAAAGUUGGUGAAAGCACGGGUGAUGUUAACUUUGUAUUUGAUACACCGGUUCGGUCAUCACUAUUCGCUGUGCAGACUCCGCAGGCUUUUGUUUUUUCUGUGCUCAGGACAGCCUAUGAGAAGGCUAUGGAGUCUGGUACUAUGUCUAUGUUGACUGACGAUUCCAGUUUCGUUGAGCGGCUUGGCACGCAUCGCGUAUGUUUCGUUCCUGGCCAUCGCAUGAACAUUAAGUUGACUACUAGUUAUGAUUUGCCUAUAUGCAGCAGUUAUUUGAAGGAGAUAUAUUUUCCGUGAUGUGUCUGGGUAUCGCUACUGUUCUAACAUUACCCUUUAUAAAGCAUUAGCGUAUCUGUAAAGAGGUACUCAGACU